GUUCGAACGUGCGUUGUGGUUGCGGAGGAACGACCACGAGUGGUUCUGUGCACAGCAUUCUCGAAGCUCUUUUCACCGCUGGGUCUGAAUUCGCGUGCAGUGUCCACCUCAUUUGGAUGUCGAGUGAAUACAGCGAUCUGUAUGCAGGGAGCCGCAAGUCCGGAUCCGACAACAGUUUUUGUAGAUGCACGAGCGUUACGUAACGAUCGCGUAACACUUGUUGAAAAGGGCGCGCCGCACAGCAUCGCUUUAAUGGAAAGUGGAAAGCUGCUUCCGGGUGUUGAGGUAGUCAUUGCGAAUCCCGAAACACGGGGGCAGUGCGCCGAUUCACAUCUCGGUGAAAUAUGGGUCGCUAGUGCACAUAAUGCCGACGGUUAUUUUUCUGUUUACGGUGAAGAAACUUCGCUACAUACGGAUCAUUUUAAUGCGAGGCUAACAACUGGUGACACGAGGAAGCGUUUUGCCCGUACGGGAUAUCUUGGUUUUCUGAAGCAAACGCAGUCCAUAACGGCUGAUGGAGAUCUGCAUGACGCAGUGUUUGUUGUGGGUGCAUUGGAUGAGGCACUGAUGUUGCGUGGAAUGAGAUACCAUCCCGUUGAUAUUGAAGCUACUGUUAUACGAGCCCACAGAAAAAUUAUUGAAUGUGCUGUAUUCACUUGGACGCACCUUUUGGUUGUGGUUGCCGAAACAGACAGUGCGGAAACGGAAGCGUUGGAUCUUGUGCCGGCUAUAACAUCGGCUGUUUUGGAAGAACAUCACGUAAUAGUUGGUGUUGUGGUGAUCGUUGAUCCCGGUGUGGUACCAAUCAAUAGCAGAGGAGAGAAGCAACGAAUGCAUUUACGGGACGCUUUUUUGAGAGAUCUUCUUGACCCGAUUUAUGUUGCUUAUAAUAUGUAG